AUGAAUAACCGGAAGGAAGACAUGGAGAUCGCAUCCCACUACCGGCACCUGCUGCGAGAGCUCAAUGAGCAACGACACCACGGUGUCCUGUGUGACGUCUGCGUCGUGGUUGAGGGCAAGGUCUUCAAGGCGCACAAGAACGUGCUGCUUGGGAGCAGUCGAUACUUCAAGACGCUUUACUGCCAAGUGCAGAAGACGUCCGACCAGGCCACAGUCACCCACCUGGACAUUGUCACAGCCCAGGGCUUCAAGGCCAUCAUCGACUUCAUGUACUCGGCCCACCUGGCGCUGACCAGCAGGAAUGUCAUUGAGGUCAUGUCCGCAGCCAGCUUCCUGCAGAUGACGGACAUCGUGCAGGCGUGCCAUGACUUCAUCAAGGCGGCACUGGACAUCAGCAUCAAGGCGGAUGCCUCCGACGAGCUCGCCGACUUUGAGAUUGGUGCGCCCUCCAGCAGCAGUGCCGACGCGCUCAUCUCUGCGGUGAUGGCUGGCAGGAGCAUCUCCCCGUGGCUGGCACGGCGCACGAGCCCCGCAAACUCCUCUGGGGACUCAGCCAUCGCCAGCUGCCAUGAAGGUGGGAGCAGUUAUGGGAAGGAAGACCCAGAGCCAAGGGCCGACGGCCAGGACGAUGUGUCUGCGCCACCGCUGUGGCCUGGGGAUGUGGGCUACCCGCCUCUGCAGGUCAAGGAGGAGCAGGCGUCACCACCUCACUAUGAAGGAAACGAGAUGCCCUUGGGCAAGGAUGGCGCGCUGCAGGGCGCCUUCUCGGAGCAGGGCGGUGGGGACAGCUGGCAACCCACAGGCCGCCGGAAGAACCGGAAGAACAAGGAGACGGUCCGCCACAUCACGCAGCAGGUGGAGGCUGACAGCCGGGCUGGCUCGCCAGCACCAUCCUUCUUGCCCACCUCGGGCUGGCCAUUCAGCAGCCGUGAUGCAAGUGCUGACCUGACCCUUAAUGAAGCCAGCAGUUCGGACAGUCGUGGGGACAGGCCCGAGCUGUUCACACACAGUGAUGAGGGCCUGCUGGGUGGAGAGACCAGCUACCUGGGCGCGCCCCUGACCCCGGAGAAGGAUGAGGUACUGCACCAGGCUGCUGCCGUGGCCAACCUGCGGGCUGCGCUCAUGAGCAAGAAUAGCCUGCUGUCCCUCAAGGCGGACGUGCUGGGUGACGACAGCUCCCUGCUCUUCGAGUACCUGCCCAAGGGCGCCCACUCCCUGUCACUGAAUGAGUUCACUGUGAUCAGGAAGAAGUUCAAGUGUCCGUACUGCAGCUUCUCAGCCAUGCACCAGUGCAUCCUGAAGCGGCAUAUGCGCUCACACACGGGUGAGCGUCCAUACCCCUGUGACAUCUGCGGCAAGAAGUUCACGCGACGUGAGCACAUGAAGCGACACACACUGGUGCACAGCAAAGACAAGAAGUACGUGUGCAAAGUGUGCAACCGUGUCUUCAUGUCGGCAGCCAGUGUGGGCAUCAAGCACGGCUCGCGGCGCCACGGCGUGUGUGCCGACUGUGUGGGUCGCGGCGUGGCUGGGCCCCUGGACCACGGCGGUGGUGGCGAGGGCUCCCCGGAACCACUGUUCCCCGGGGACGGGCCCUAUCUGGAGGACCUUGACGACCCCCGUGGGGAGGGUGAGGAAGAGCUGGAUGAGGACGGGGGCCUGGCCCCAGAGGACGUGCUGCUUGGGGAUGACAAGGAUGAGGAAGACUCCCCGCCGGGGCCCCGCAGCCCUGCUGGGGAGCCCGAGGAGGACUUGCCCUGGGUGUCCUAG